CUCUCUGUCUCUCUCGUCGCGGUCACCCAUAUCGUCGGUUCUUCGACGGCAUCCGUGACGGUCCCCGAACACCUUCGGUGGCUGUGUGUGGUCCCCAUCUUUUUUCUUAGACGGUUGGUUCCGUGCAGUCCGCGAUAACAAAGUCGACAGUGAAUCAUCUAUGAUCAUCGUCAGAGUACAACUUUUCGAGCAACUUUUCAUAGUGUCAAUUGCAAAACAAUUGCCCACUUUGUGAUUGUAAACGUCUUGUAAUCGCAAAAUCUUCGAUUAACUGUGAGUGAUCAAGAUCAAAGAAAAAUCUUCAAAGUGCGAUCUGACUCGAGGGCAAGUGAUUUUCCUGCUGGUGAGACUCUGUCAUUUUCCGUUCUGAAAGCGCUCGGAGACUUCGACGACUGAUACGAGGAUGUCACGCUUCGUGGACCACCCUGGCUGCCGCGGCCGUCGCCGUGUCGCGGUGGCUACGACCCUGCCGGCGAUCUUGCGGUGAACAUCGCGUAUGCAUGUUUCCUUCCUAUACUAUAUAUAUAUCGAUAUAACGUGCAACGUAGUGUGACUUUCGACGAGUGUCAUUGGUGAUUCAAACUUCAGAGAAACGACGCGGGUAAUAACCAAGUUUAAUAACCGAUGUCUCUAGCGAGAUUGACCAUUUUUUUCGAGUGAUGAUUUCUCCGUGGAAGAAAGAAGCCGGUGUUGUUGAGUCGAUAGGCGGACGUGUGAUUUACCCGAAGAAGAAUACUGCGUUAAGGACGAGCGCAGAGCGCGAGUGACAGUACGCGUUUAGUGUGCGUUUCUUCUUUGUCUAUGUUUUCGCCCAUGGAAAAUUGUACCAAUCAGGAAUUAAUGCACGGAAAUUGCAGCAUGGAGGACAUAAGCGUUACAGUCACCAGCACAACUACGACAAGUACAAAUACAGUCUAUCCUACUGUAAAUGACAUGGAUUGGUUCGCUGGUGUCGCCGAGGAAGAAUUGCUACAUUAUACCAGUGUUGGCAACGAUGUGGAUUCCUUAUGGGCUGUUAUUGGCAACUUUGUACCACCACCACCUAGACCACCUUUUUUACCCGAAGAGAGCAUCGCUACCGAUGGACUCACAACCUGCGACUUGUGUUCCUGGGCUUGGAGAAACGAUAGGCAUUCUUUCUCCCGGAAAACGGUAGACGGUACCCUUGAAGCUCCUGGAGAACUUGGAUGGGUGCUGACUCUAGUGAUAGUAUCCUUAGUAUCAGCCGGUAUCGGGGCUGUGGUGAUGAUGACCCUCCUUCAUUGUCGAAGGAUAAAGAGUGCCGGUGGCAGAGCAAGCUGCUGCGGGGUCGGCGUGGAAGAUUCGAAUGUACCCGACGUCGGCGGAGCCGCAGGGUCGGGUGGUACCGGCGGCGGGGUAGCCGUCAUACCCGAUCGGCCACCUCUCGAAUUAGACAAAUUACCGCCUUAUCAUGACGUAGCGCCUAGCCCUGGACACAAUGUGUGGUCAUGGUUGGGCUCUCGACGAGGCGGCGGUACCCCGGGAGUCGUCACGACCCCGCUCUCUCUUCCUCAGCAUCGACGGGCGAUGAAUCUCCCGGUCGAGAAUCACUACACCCACAUGCAGACCGACGAGGCUCUGUACGCGGAACUGGACUCGCAAGCCGCGAGCUACGCAAGCGAUCUACAGUUACAAAUGAGAGGAAGCUCAACGUACGGUACGACUUCCGGCGGCCAGGACGACGAAUAUCACGAACUGGACGCGGCCAGAUUACAUCGUCAUUACGGAGGUAGUGAUGGAUCGCUACAAACUGAAACACUUCGCACUCGGCACAGUAAAAGGAUACGAGAGCCGGACUAUGAGAUGUACGAGAACGGGCCGUCGACGCCGGUGCCGCCGGGUCAGCAUCAGCAGCAUCAUCAUCAUCACCAUCAUCACAACCAUCAUCAUCAUCAUCAUCAUCAGGAACUGAGGAUCGGUAGCAGGAACAGCGAGCAUCCCUCAUAUCAAAACACGGCGUAUACCGGAAGCGACGCUGAACCGGAUGGACCGACGUUGAGCAGCGCUCCCAGCAGUGCCUACUAUAGCGAUCUCAGCUCAAACUCGGUAAAUCAACAGAUGCCUUCUACGGCAGUGUCGUCCGCGACGACGACGACGACAAUGACGAACUUACACCUGAAUCCGCAGAACUUGGACGCGCCGCAAUAUAGACUCGCGGCGAUCAACGAGAACACAGUGCCUUCGGACUAUAUUUAAGAAAUGUUUCUUUCGAAACGGAUGACGAGAUGAAGCUUAAAAUAGACAAUUUCAUCUAUGUGCGUUUAAUCUGCGUGUGAGAGAACUUUUGCGUAAUAUUUAUAAUUUAACUUUGUCCACAACAAGGAUAAUAGAAGUUGUAUUCUUGUAUUAAAAAAAUAGAAAUAAACGAGCGAAUCACAGAAGAGAUAAAAA